AUGCCAACACGUGGGAUUCAAUUAUAUCCACUAUAUUGCAAUUAUUGUCAGCAGUUAAUUUAUGAAGAGCCUGCAACUAACGAGCCUCCUACAGACGGACCGAUCACUGAGCUUGGUCUGCGCUCAUCAGUGGAGUUUUUGGAGCCCCGGUCCCUGCCAAUAACACAAUCCGUUAGCGAGCGCAAUUUAAUACACUGUGUUCAGGUGGUCCAUGAGGUGCCAAGGAUUGAAACGAGAAGCCUCUCGUUAGAUUCCCUGGAAUUUUCCCUAUUGGGGCCGAAUGCUACGCCACGGAUCACUCCACUUUCAUCCGAAUGCACGCCAGCAUCGAAUUGUGUCCACAAACGUUUGCUUCGCGUCUUGAUGGCAGUGCGUCUCACCACAGAGGACCAAUCAGUUUCGUUUCAUUCCAGUUUACGCGCUAUAAUGGUUGGCAUUUCAGAAGUGACCCAAAUGAUUCUCUCACUCUUUGACUGCCAGAUAAGAACCCAUUUGUAUACCAACCUUAGCGCAGCUUUGCACAUUUUGGACGUGUACAUACUUCUUGUGAACCUGAUCACAUCAAAUCGUUUCAAUCGUCCCAGCCGUGUUCUCACUUAUUUCGAUCUGUGUCCAAUUCAUCGUGUGGUCGGUCGGAUCGUCCGAAACGCUGACGAUUGUACCUGGAUCUUUAUAGCUACUCAGUUGCAGCGAGGGAUUCUACGAAUUCUUCAUGUUGGACUUUUCGACAUUCAGCCAACCGAAUGGAACUCCACCUGGUGCCUUCUAUUUGCUAAACUUGCUGGUGACUCGAAAUAUUGGACUAUGUAUGAAGUUUGUGUACACGAGUUGGCUGAUCUGAUUGGUCGGCGUGUCGCUUCUUGUUGUGGCGCUGACACUGGCACUGGUACAAUACCUCCUUCCCUUGCAAAAUUUGUUGUCGAUAUUAUACAUAAGCACUCUAUUAGAUCUAUCUUGUUAAACGAUGUUUCUUUUUGCUUCUCUCUCUAUCAAUCAGCCCUAUUUAGCCAGAUUUGGUCAGCUCUCACGUACUACUUCGGCUACAAAAGCAACCCUCAUUUUGUACCUAUGAUGGCAUUUCUCUGGAACAAGGCUAGCCCUUCCUGUUUUCUAGCUUUUCUCCGUGAUUUCUUUUCUGAUUUGGUUGAGCAAAUCGUAAAAGGUGAUUGCUCAGCCCUGCUAAUAUCACGGCUCAAGAACUUUGCUGAACACAUUGAAAGUCUGUUAACAAAUUCAACUCGUGAGGUGUUUUUCGGUUGCCUUUUUCAAAUCCUUGUGUUACCUUUGUGUAUACACCCGAAUCACUUCUCCCCAUCUAAGGACAAUGGGCCGGAGUGCUUUGCAGCUUUCCUUAAAUUAUGGGUUUAUGCACUGGAUCAAAGCGAGUCGUUCUCACCGAAGUCGAUGGACCUAGCGGUCGCCAGUCUGAAAUGCUUGGAUGCUACAAGCGACUAUCAACUGGCCUCUGUGGUUCACGAGUCGUUGGAUUUUCUCAGCGACAGUAUUGAGCAUUUCUCUGGUCUCCUACUGAGGCAGAUAACGUUGGCAAAACCGAAGCGUUCGAAUUAUCUUUGGGAACGAUUAACCGAAUGUGUCGUCCAGCUGUCUAUGGCGUAUCUACAGUCCUGCAGUCAGGAAUUACCAAACAAGUCCGCAGAACUGAUUUGGCACAACCUCUGUCGGUUGAUAGUUGCAGCACAGUACGAAUACUCGGGACGAUCAGCACCCGUGAUCAGUUUCGUUAAGUGGCAAUUCAUGAACAAGUUGCACUUAAGAACCGCAUCGUCGGAACACACCGUUGUCAGUCUUUCACUAACAGCACUUCAACUUGUGAUAAACAAAGAAUGUGAACAUCUUGAAUGUUUGAGGACAGAGGAAUUCGCUAAGUGGUGCAGUCAAAUAAGUGCACUUCUCUGGCCAUCGUUGUUCAUACUUUCGGAAGCUCACGCCGAGGGCGUACUAACCGAAACCGACCAUGGAUCUACUCCACUUCUAAUGGAUCUUUUCAGCGAGAGGUUUUGUUCCACCAUCCAGGUUUUGCCCAAUGCUAGCUCCCUUUUGGCGGGUGAAAUCUUACCUUCACUCUCGUCUAUGUUGCCUGCUUCAUUACCGGAAACCACAGCUUUCUACGGCUCCCCACGACUUUUGAUCCUGCUUUUGCGCGUGUUGAUCCGCUUUGCGCCUGAAGCUCGUCCAAUUGCUUCCAUGAGCGAUGUGGAUGAGAUUGUUCACCAUCCCGACGAUGUCGACCUUUGGACACGUUGCGCAACGCAGUUAUCAUCAAGAUUAUUUUUAGCCGUUCAGAACUGCAGUUCUAAACAACUAGAGCGGGACCGUCAACUACUGAUAAGAGACGCACUUGCUAUUUUACCGGCACGGGUGUCAUGUUCAGCUUUGAGUGAUGCCAUUAUCGACAUUCUUCACGCCGGUCUGCUAGGUCGUGGUAGUUCAUCGACCUCCCUCCAGCUCUCCCCUAGUCAUUUGGAAAAAAUCAUCACAAUCAUUCGUGAUGAAUUGACGAACUCUACGAAUGUUGUUUGCGUGGGGUGUCGGAAGGCUUCCUUCAGUUCAAUCCGGAAGUUAAACCAAAUUACUACAGCCAUCUUCUGCACUGUCUUCCAACUGCUCAACCUUCAGCUCCCAAUUCCUACUCGAACGAGAUCACCACACCUUUGCACAGCGCCGAAAGUUGGGCCUGUGGCAUGGCUCUACCAGUUUAUCCAUGUGACCGGUAUGCGAAAACCGGAUCAAAUUGGUGCAGCCAUCUUCAACAAAGAAGGACACGUCGAUCUCUUUGAACAACAACUCUCGUGGCCACUCGCUGCCACUUAUUUGAAUCUUGCAACUGAAGCAGAACCCUAG